GGAAGAUAAGAGCGAUCCAACCGAGGAGAGAUGGUAGGUCCCAGUCGCCGACGACUAUCCGUCUUCUCCGUAUGCUGCGGAUAAACGCACCAGAUGCUUUCCCCUUCCUCUGCGCCUCCGGGACAAGCAACCGAAUCCGAUCUUGGCGAGUGUUUCUCCCUCCCCGAGUCCGAGCGGUGAAGAAAAGCCAUCUCUUUCUUGGUCCUCGCGCCGCUUUAUUCCUUGUCUUCCUGAUCUACCUGGGCUUGGAGUCCAUCCCUCCCCGCGUUCUUGUGUUGUCGGUUCCUCUGGUACAAUAUGGGGGGAAGUGCAAUCGAUGAUGACUGGGAGCUAACUUCCCCAAGCAAUGGGAUCAAGACAUUGGUACUUGUUGGCCGUACCGGCAAUGGCAAAAGUGCUACAGGGAACACCAUUCUUGGAAGAAAGGCCUUUAAGUCAAGGGCUAGCUCUUCUGGCGUCACAAGCACCUGUGAAUUGCAGAGAACUGUCCUGCGGGAUGGCCAAAUUGUGAAUGUGAUAGAUACUCCAGGUCUAUUCGACAUCUCUGCUGGAAUUGAUUUUGUUGGCAAAGAAAUAGUAAAAUGUAUUGAUAUGGCGAAAGAUGGAAUUCAUGCUGUACUUGUAGUGUUCUCUGUCAGAACACGGUUUUCAGAGGAAGAAGAGGCUGCUCUCCGUAGCUUGAGAACUUUAUUUGGCAGUAAAAUAAUUAACUACAUGAUCGUAGUAUUUACUGGAGGAGAUGAGCUUGAGGAUAAUGAGGAGACAUUGGAGGACUAUUUGGGUCGUGAGUGCCCACAGCCUUUGAAGGACAUUUUACUUCUCUGUGAGAAUCGAAAGGUGCUUUUUGACAACAAGACCAAGGAUGAAACCAAGAGGAUUGAACAGGUUCAGUAUCUGUUAUCCCUUGUAAGCACAGUCAUGGUGCAGAAUGAUGGAAAACCUUAUACAGAUGAUUUAUUUGUUGAAAUGAAGAAAGGGGCGAUGAAGCUCCAUGAGCAGCAAGAAGUUGUUGGUUCUUUGAAAGGAUACACUGAAGGAGAGCUCAUGAAGUUGGAGGAGCAGAUGCAUAAAUCUUAUGAAGAGCAGCUGCAGCGCAUCACUGAGAUGGUUGAAGCAAAGCUGAGAGAGACAACAACUAGACUGGAGCAAAAGUUAGCAGAGGAGCAAGCUGCUCGAGUGAAGGCAGAAGAGCUCGCGCAAUUUGCUCAAAUGAAGUCAAAUGAUGAAAUCCGUCUUCUGAGGGAGAGUCUAGAAAAAGCGCAGAGGGAGACCCAGGAGCUCCGUAAGCAAGCUGAAAGUCGAUGCGCCAUAUUGUGACCUAACUGCGAAAACAUUCUGGCCUGGACAUAGGCUGGAUGUCACCUCUUGCAUUCCUUUCUAGUGGGGGUAUCCACAAUGGUAAUUUAUAAGUUCUUAUGGUACAUAUUGUCAAAUAUCAUGUUUAUCUAUGCGCCGACAUUAUUUCAAUUGGUAUCAAGCAACUCAGUUUUUCUAAACAUGCCUUGCUUUUGUUGGUUCAUUUGAUGUAAUUAUGGCGUGUAUAUAUAUCUCUUCGUCGAGAGGUAUUGUUUACGCAGUGGCGUGUAUGAUAUGUGUUUAAAAGAUCUUUCUUAUGAA